UUCCUAUACGAUGGGCACUCUUUUCCGGCGUAGAUCUGAUUUUUUCUCUGUGUCUGUUCAAGAAUUUGAUCCCUUCGAAUUCUACUUUAAAUAAAGGGUGACAAACUUUCAAAGAAAAUCCUAGAAAUGUCAUUAUUGCGGCAUCAAAGGCCACUCCAGAAUGUUUCAUCAAGCCCCAACCCAUCUCGAUUCCCGCAAAAUUACCAACCCACCACCAAUUUCUGCACCAGCACCAACGUAAUCAUUCUCCUUACUCUCUUGAUAAUCUUCGGCGUCCUUCUUCCCUGGAUUCAAGUCCCUGAAGGCCUUUUGAUGUUCAAUUCGAACCCCAAUUCAAAGUGGCGGGACUACACGUUGUCGGACGCAGCUGCCGUGGUGGCGAAGAAUAAUACUCUGAUUGUGUGUGCAGUGAGUGAAGCUUACUUGCCUUUUCUUAAUAACUGGUUGAUUAGCAUUGCGAGGCAGAAGCAGCAUGAGAAGGUUUUGGUGAUUGCGGAGGACUAUGUUACGCUUUCCAAGGUUAAUGAGCGGUGGCCGGGGCACGCGGUUCUUGUGCCGCCGAUAUUGGAGGCAGCGGCAGCCCAUAGGUUUGGGUCUCAGGGCUUCUUCAAUUUUACAGCCAGAAGGCCACGCCACCUUCUGAAUAUUUUGGAGCUGGGCUAUAAUGUUAUGUACAAUGAUGUUGAUAUGGUUUGGCUGGCAGAUCCAUUUCCUUAUUUGCAAGGCGAGCAUGAUGUGUACUUCAUGGACGAUAUGGCUUUUGUGAAACCUCUGAAUCACUCUCAUUCUUUGCCACCUCCAGGAAAAAAGGGUCGGCCAUAUAUUUGUAGCUGCAUGAUUUAUAUGCGUCCCACCAGUGGAGCAAAAUUGGUUAUGAAGAAAUGGAUUGAAGAACUUCAGGCCGAGCCCUGGUCUAAAGCAAAGAAAGCCAACGACCAGCCUGGCUUUAAUUGGGCUUUAAUGAAAACUGCUGGACAGGUGGACUUGUAUUUGCUCCCUCAGGCAGCAUUUCCCACUGGCGGAUUAUACUUCAGGAACAAGACAUGGGUAAAAGAAACCAAGGGAAUGCAUGUUAUUAUACACAAUAACUACAUUGUUGGUUUUGAGAAGAAGAUAAAGCGAUUUCGUGAUUAUGGUCUUUGGUUGGUGGAUGAUCAUGCCUCUGAGUCCCCACUUGGCACAUUGUAAUGGAUCAGAGGACUUGUCUUGAAAUCGUAAGCCAGAGGAGCUCGUAAUCUUUUUCACAGGCCAAAAAUGUCCUUUCCAGACAGUUAUUACAACUUCUGCUUGGGUCAUUUAUGUACCUACACACUCAUAAAUCGAAUGAAGGCUAUGCAUUCGUUGGCGGACCUCAACUAGUAGUAAGGUGAAAUUUAACAGCAUAUAGCAAAAGCUUGUAAAGGAAAAACGGUAUUUCGUGUCGAUGCGUUCACAAGUAGAUGAAGAAUCCCGUAUCGAUAUUUUAAUGAGGGUAACAAUUUUCUUUCACUUUAUUUUUUAUUUUUUAUUUUUUAUUUUUUUGUAGUAGGAUCCGAUUAUCAGAAUCGUUUGGUGUACCAGAAAAAUAAACUCAUUUCUUUAGAUAUUAGUAAUGGCUGUUAAAUUAUUAAUUGUUACAUGUUCCUGAGUUUGGCCAUAAUUGUAAUUUCUUGAUAGUUGAGACA